AUGUAUUACCCAACCCUGCAGCAGGUCAAGGCGCGGGCCAGGGAGGGUAACCUGGUGCCGGUAUACCGCUCAAUCCACGCCGACCUCGAGACGCCCGUGUCGGCCUAUCUGAAGGUGGCUCAAGGCCCCUAUUCCUACCUGCUGGAGAGCGUGGAGGGUGGUGAGCGCCUGGGUAGAUACAGUUUCAUCGGUACGAGCCCCUACAAAGUUAUCACCACUGGCCCCGGGGAACCCGCUGGCGAAAUCGAUCCCUUAACGCUGGUGGAAGAGGAAAUGGCGCGGCACAAGCUCAUAGCCGUCGACGGCCUGCCCGGUUUCCACGGCGGUGCGGUGGGCUACGUUGCCUACGACGCCAUCCGUUACUUCGAGCCGCGGGUGCCGGUGAUGCCCGCCGACCCUCAGAACGUGCCAGAAUCGGUGUUCAUGUUCGGCGAGACAAUCCUUAUAUUCGAUCACCUGCGCCACGACAUCAAGGUGGUUUCCCAUGCCAGGCUGGAAGGCGAUGUGGAGCAGGCAUACAACGAUGCCGUGGCCCGCAUUGAGGAGAUGGUCCGCUUGCUGUCCCAACCUCUGGCCCUGCCCGAGGAGUUACAACAGGGCGCAGCCGUUCCGCCCAGUCCCAUCGAGUCCAACUUUACGCCCGACCAAUACGCGGACGCUAUCGAGAAGUGCGUGGAGUAUGUCUACGCAGGCGACAUAAUCCAGGUCGUUAACUCCCAACGGUUCUCCCGUCGGACGGGUGCCCAUCCGUUCCAGAUCUACCGUGCCCUCCGGAGCGUCAAUCCUUCACCCUACAUGUAUUAUCUGGACCUGGAUGGCUUUCAGAUCGUCGGCGCUGCCAUCGAGUCCGUGGUCAAGGUGGAAGACGGAAUCGCCUCAACCCAUCCCAUAGCCGGCACUCGCCCCCGGGGCGCUACGCCUGGCGAGGACGAGGCCAACGAGGCCGAGCUGAAAGGCAGCGAAAAGCAACGGGCCGAACACGUCAUGCUGCUCGACCUAGGCCGAAAUGACAUUGGCCGGGUCAGUUACCCCGGCACCGUGGAAGUGACCAAGAUGAUGGAGGUCGAGCGCUUCUCUCACGUGAUGCAUUUGGUCUCCCACGUCGAGGGGAGACUCCGCAAGGAACUGACACCCUACGACGCUUUGCGCUCAUGCUUCCCCGCAGGCACCGUCUCCGGCGCACCCAAGAUCAGGGCCAUGGAGAUCAUUGCGGAAGUCGAGGGCGAAAAGCGCGGCCCUUACGGCGGAGCCGUGGGAUAUUUCAGUUACUCGGGCAACAUGGACACCGCCCUAGUUCUACGCACCGGCAUCUACAAGGACGGCACCAUGUACGUGCAGGCUGGCGGAGGCAUCGUAGCCGACAGCGUGGCCGAGGACGAGUAUCAAGAGACCCCGCCACAAGUCCGGUGCGUUGAUGCGGGCCAUCGACAUGGCAGAGGCGGGGUUCUGAUCGCAAGCUGGACCACCGCCACCCCAACCAGUCAGGAGGAGAGUCAUGCUGAAGUCGUUCUUUCACACCGGGUUCGUAGUCCAGAACAUCGAGGAGUCAGUUCGGUUUUACUCGGAAAUCCUCGGAAUGCGCAUCGCCGGCCGCACCGAGCGCCAGGGUGA